GCUCACCCCCCUUGCCCCGUAGCUAGUUGUCCCCGGCCCUCGCGGGUGCCCGCAGAACCCUCCUUGUCCACCCCCGGGAGGUCAGAGCCCUCGCCCCGCACUCCCAGGACGGCCCGAGUCGGGCCACAUCUACGCAUCUGGGCCGUCGGAGAUCCAGCACCCCCCUGGAGUCAGUCUACCUGCAGCUCCGCCCUUCCAGGUGAUGGUGCGCGGCCACUGCGGCCCCUGGCGCGCAGGUGUGGGCUCCCCAAACUGGGCCGGGGAGGGGGCUUUGGGCAACGCUCUGGCAGCCUCGGCAGCCGCCGAAACCGAGCCCUGCACCUCCCGGAAGACUCCAAACUCCGUGCCCUCCGCUACUAGGGGCUUCUGGAAACCGUUCCCCGACCGGAUUUGCUCUGAGAGGGGGAAGGGGAGAUAUGCGGACCUGUAUGAAGGAGACCUGGGAUUUAAGCUGAGCACGCAAAAAUGGGCCCCUGCUAGGGGCUCUUCGGCUCGCACGGGGGACCCGGCGGCGCCGUGUCCCGGGAUGUCUCCGGCCGCGCGCUGCUGGCCCCAGCCCUGGCCCGGCCACUUCCCGCCCUGGGCAUCAUGAGUUACUUCCUGUCUUACUGCAAAGCUCAUGGCGGCGCGCUGCUCACCGGCUACCAGGCCCUGCGCGCCGAGGGCUUCCUGUGCGACGUGACUCUGGAGGCCGAGGGCAGCGAGUUCCCGGCGCAUAGGUCGCUCCUCGCGUGUUCCAGCGACUACUUCAGGGCCCUGUUCAAGAGCCACACCCGGGAAUCCCGGGCGCCCGUGAUCCACCUGCAUGUGCCGUCCGCGGCCGGCCUGCAGCGCCUGCUGGACUUCAUCUACACCGCCUGGCUGCCGCUCUCCAUGGACACCGUGGAGGACACGCUGGAGGCCGCCAGCUACCUGCAGGUCACCGAGGCCCUGGGGCUGUGCGGCCGCUACCUGGAGCGCCAGCUAGGCCUGGAGAACUGCUGCUUCGCCGCCAACGUGGCGGCGCGCUUCGGCCUGGUGCACACGCUGGGCGCGGCCGAGCGCUGCAUUGUGAGCCACCUGCGGGAGCUGCUGGCGCGGGGCGCGGGCCCCGCCGGGCUGCUGGAGCUCAACCCCGCGUCGCUGAGGGCCGUGCUGGGUGCCCCUGACGUGGCGCGCGUGCCCGAGGCCCGGCUGCUGGGCCUGGCCCUGGCCUGGCUGCGGCAGGAGCCCGAGGCCGAACGGCUGGCCCACUGCGUCGCGCUGCUCGAGCGCGUCCGCUUCGGCCUGGUGCCCACCGACGUGCUGCGGCGCGUGUACUCGGGCUCCGGCCUCACCCUGCCCUCCCGGGUCAAGGGCCUCAUCAUCCAGGCCCUCAACUACCACACGUCGCCCUCCCGCCAGCCGCUCAUGCAGGGCGAGCAGACCAGCGUCCGGAGCCCCCAAACCCGCAUCUUGUUGGUCGGGGGGUGCAGGGGGCGGGAGGUGGUGACCGAGGAGGUCGUGGUCCCCCGGCGGGCAGCCAGGGGGAGGGGCGCCGCGGCGGAGCCCGAGGAAGAGGAGGAGGAAGAGGAGCAGGUGGAGGAGGAGGAGGAGUGGGAGCUUACCCAGGACGUGGUGGCCUGUGACGUGUACAACCACCGCUGGCGCAGCCUCACGCGGCUGCCCGCUCCGCUACUGGGGCACAGCGUGUGCGCCGCGGGCAACUUCCUGUUCGUCCUCGGCGGGGAGAGCCCGUCGGGCGGCGGCUCCUCCCCCACAGCCGACGGCCUGAGGGCGGUCACGGCCCAAGUGCACCGUUAUGACCCGCGCUUUCACGCUUGGACGACUGUGCCCGCUAUGCGGGAAGCGCGGUCCCAUUUCUGGUGCGGCGCCGUGGGCGAGGGGCUCCUGGCCGUCGGGGGCCUGGGCGCGGGCGGCGAAGCGCUGGCUUCAGUGGAGAUGUACGACCUGCGCCGGGACCGCUGGACGGCGGCCGGGGCGCUGCCGCGGGCCCUGCACGGCCACGCGGGGGCCGUCGGGAAGUGCGGCGUCGUGUACAUCUCCGGGGGCAAGGCGGGGAGAGGCGAGGGCGGCGCGAGCAGCCUCCGGGACGUGUUCUCCCUGGGCCCUGGGGAGCAGGCGUGGAGCAAGAGGGCGCCCAUGGGCACGGCCCGCUUUGGGCACCACAUGGCCGCACUGCGCGGCGCGGUGUUCGCCUUUCUGGGGCGCUACGAGCCCUUCUCCGAAAUCGAGCGUUACGACCCCGGCACCGACCAGUGGACUCGGCUGCGGCCGCUACACUACGACCGCUUCUGCUAUGGGCUGGCCGUGGUGGAGGAGACGGUGCUGCUGCUGGGCGGCCUGAAGUGGCGGGACUCACGCCAGGUGCCUACCCGCAACGUGGUGGGUUAUGACCUCGACCUGGACCGCUGGGAGGACACUGGCUGCGCGCUGCCUUGGGCCUGGAGCGGCCUGCAGUGCGCAGUGCUGCAGCUGGCCGAGGGUGGGGACGAGGAGAGGGAGGGAGAGCCCGGAGAGGCGCCAGAUUUAGUGCUGGGCUUAAUGGGUUAGUGAGCAAGACGCGCCUGACCAGGCUUACAGAGCAACCCGUGCGUGGGCUUUUCCUUAGGCUUGGCCAAAGAGGAACAUUUCCCCUUACUCUGAGAAUGGGAGACAGGACGGGUCAAAUUUAGAAGGAUAUAUGAAUCAUCUUCAGUGAACUGGGGAUUUCUAGAAAUUCUCAUGCUGGGCUAGAGAUGGACUUUGAAAAUAAAACAUGACCCUAUUUUCCCUCUUGUAGUUAGUGUUUCCCAGGCGCUAAACAGUGAUUACUUUUGUGCCAAACAGCCAAAAAACGUACCAUAAGAAGUUAUGUACAAGACCAGAAAAUUGUUAGCUAUAAAGACUGUAAUAAAUGGUUCUAGAAGAUGGCAUUAUCUGAAUAAAUAAAUAUUUACCUGAAUAAAUAGUGAAGGGAAAGUGCCUUGGUUAAACACAUGCAAUCAUUGUAGGGAGAACUAUGAUUUUAUGAUCCAGAAUCAUGGUUAUAGUUCUGCUCUGAUGGUUUAAUAUAGAUACGGAACUGAGAGGAAAAAAAUCUCUAAGAAAGCACCUUUUUUUUUUGAGAAAAUAACCUAGGUUAAGUUUUUCUGUACUUCAUCCUUACUUACCCUAGUCUGCUUUUGCCCUGGCUUUUGGCAGCUCAUUGGUUUUAAGUUUUAUUUCUGCAGCCCUUAGCCAUAAUAAUCAGGCUUCCUUGGUUUAGUGGAACACCUAACAAAAACAAAUCAAAACCCUAUUUCGUUCAUCCUCCUUAAAUGUUCAUUCUGCAGACAUGCUGUAGGUAAUAUUUGUAAAAAAAUAUUUUUUAAGUUUAUUUUUAGUGGUACCCCCCCACCCUCUGCCCCACCUUCCCAAAAGAAUCACAGAGAAACGAAAGAGGAGUAGGUGAAAUUUUAAAGUUCCUGUCAGGUAAAUGGGAAACCAGCUUGAUUUUGCAGGAUCUCAGAGAAGAUUCUUGUAUACACUGGACAGGUGCUUCUUCUGGCUUGUACCACCAAUGGAGUGACAAAGUUAAAACUUGUAACCGG